AACAAACAACUCUCUCUCUCUCUCUCUAACCAAAACGUUGAACGCAACCAAACGCUACAAUGACGGGAAAAGAGUGCAAGUUCGACUACCGCAAAUAUGCGGAGGCGGCAACGAGACGCCUAGUGUACGGAUUUCUAGGCCUGGUCGCUACGGUUGCGGUUGUGAUUUUCUUUGUCUGGGCCAUACUUCACCCGCACAAACCGCGUUUUGUCCUGCAAGACGUUACCAUUUACGAGUUCAACAUCUCACAGCCUAACUUACUCAGUUCAAAUCUCCAAGUAACUCUCUCUUCUCGCAACCCAAACGACAAAAUCGGAGUUUUCUACGACCGCCUCGACAUAUAUGCCUCGUACCGCAACCAAGAGGUGACUUUGGCGAAUCUACUGCCGGAAACGUAUCAAGGCCAUCUGGAAGUGACAGUGUGGUCGCCGGUUCUGAUUGGAUCCGCCGUGCCAGUGGAUCCUUACCUGACUCCGGCACUGAAGGAAGACAUAAACGCCGGGAUGGUGCUUCUAAACAUCAAGAUCGACGGUUGCGUUAAGUGGAAAGUAGGCUCGUGGGUAUCUGGAUGUUAUCGGCUCCUCGUUAACUGUCCGGCGUUCAUUCCCUUCUCCGGCCAGGUAGUCGGCGGCGGUCCUGCGAUCAAGGACCAGCUUGCUCAGCAAUGUGCUGUUGACGUAUGAUAAAAAGAAGAAGAAUAUUUUUUUAAGACCAAUAAAGGAGAUAAAGCCUGCACAAGAAAUGCCAGGAUUAGGCAAAGCUUACAAGGGUGGUUUUAUUUUCUAGUUGGAUAUAAGAGGCAACAUGAAAACGACUAUGUAGCUACUGGAUAUAAUUUGUGGAAUGAAAAAGUUAAAAAAUUAGUUAAAAUAGUAAAUCUAAAGCUCAUGAAAAAGAGUAGCUAUAGCCCUUUUUCAGAAAAAGAAAGAAAUAAUAGUAGCUAUAUUUAUCUCUAGUGUAUAGAUAAUUUUAUUGGAUUAGUAAAAACUAAAAAGGUAUUGUACCAAAGGUUUCUUUGUGGAUCAUGUUUCAUGGAAAACAAAACCAUAGAGAGUUUACAUUGUACUAAAAUUAAGUAUCUUCUUCCACUA